AUGCACUCUAUCAAGUUGUGUCUAUUGAGACCAAGGAUAGGGACUUCAACGAAAUUAAUACCCGCAUUAGUCAGAUUUAAUAGUUCAGCUGGUUUAGUAAAGGCAAUACGUAAUAGAGACCUCGACAAACUUCAGAAUGAGCUCAAAAAUGUUAAUUUAGGUAACAUUAAUGAAGAGGAUAUACAAAAUUUAUCAGCAUUAGCUGUAACACUCCCUCAAUCAAGCUCACUAGAUGAACUCAGCUUGGUUUUGGCGGGAAGACAGCAACCAAAAGCCCUACUGAAGGUAUUCAAGAGAGCACUCACUUCCGGUGAUUCUAAGAAGGUUAUAGAUAUGUAUACACGUUUAGAUAAGGAUAGCGUAGACACACUCACCCUCCUCUGCGUUGUAGCUGCAUACUCUCUCAUCGGGAACUACCGUGGUGCGCAAACAGCCGUGGAGAACGCCAAUAAACCUGGUUAUACAUUCAAUCCUAAGAAUACUGCUCUUCAUACGGGUUUGACGAAUGAUAAACUUGCUCUUGCGCAAGAUUACAUUAGUAAAUUGAGAUUCUAUCACGAUACAAAAACGAAAGCAGAUCUUAUUUCAGCGAUAGACAAUGCAGGUGGGAACUCCAUGCGAAAACAUCUAAUAGAUCUCUAUGCGGCAGUAGAUAUUGCAACACUAGAAGAUGAUGAAAUAUAUGCCAGAUUCAUUCAAGCUUUCACUAGUGCAUCUAAACGAGGCUCCCCACCAUUACCUGCACAUGUGCUUGAUAAACCUUAUUCAAAACUCGGUCCGAAAUCACUCAACGCGGCUCUUCAAGGCGCCUUCGUUCGGUCUACAGGUACAACGAAUGUUAACAAUAUUCUAAACGCGAUGAAUGCGAAGAACGUCCUCCCAGAUGAAGAUAUCGCCUCAGCUUUGGUGUCUGAUUUGAUAAGCAAAGACAGGAAAGAUGCCGGGAUGGCUUUAUUUGACACUAUUCAAGAGAUGUAUACCAACAGUGGCCAGGGCGUUCCGACAAAGAUUUGCAAUGCUCUUUUGUCCGGGCUGACCAAGGUUGGAAUGAGUGAUGUUGCUUUAGACGUCUUCAAACAGAUAAAGGAACCUUCCAUUGUUACUUACAAUAUCCUCAUACGUUAUUCAGUCCUCAAAAAUGAUCAUGCUACCACUAUCAAUCUUCUCCGAGAGCUUAGGGAGAGGGGAAUCACGCCUGAUGCACAUACUUUCUCGAUGUUAUUGGUAUACCUUCGCAAAAGAGGGCAUGGAGAAGCUAUCAACGUAGUUAUGAAGACAAUGACAGAUUGUGGUGUCACACCAGAUCUUCACAUUUAUUCGGGAAUGAUAGAUAUUCUCGCGAAGGAGGGUCAGUUGAAAGAGGCCAUAACACUCCUUGAUAGAAUAGAAGAUGAAGGCGUGAAGACUACAUCAGUUACUUACACAUCCGUUAUCAGUGGCUACCUCCUCCAUUCAUCGGAUGGCUUACAAGAAGCACAGAAGUUGAUGGCACGUAUGAAACUUCGUGGAUUGUCACCCACACCUGUGCUCUUCAAUUACAUUAUUGAAGCUAGUCUGGCUAGUCAAAAUGCUUACGCGCCUUGGGUAUUCCUCGAGCAAAUGCAGUAUGAACCUAAUGUUCACAUAACCAAGGGCACGCUUUAUAUUCUUAUGAAGGGCUUCUAUGAAAGUCGUCGUUAUGAUGACUGCAAGCGCUUGUUGGAUUUCAUCGACCGUCAUGAUCUGACAAGUCUUGGUGAUGACGCAUUGAAUAGAAUAAUCAACAAGAUAAAACGUAAAUUAUAA